CUCGUUGAACGCAGGCCCGUGGGUUCUACAGAAGGCAUUUCAACAGUUUGCUUUCGUCUAAUCGUCUCUCAGCCUUUUCACAAAGCCUUCCAGUCUCGCUUCCCAUGAAAACCUUCGCUAAUCUCAGGUGGCCGGGCCUCCUCCGAGCCAACAACAACAAAGUAUCAGCUACAAGGGCGACACGUGAUAGACAAAGUCUCCAUGCCGAUUUUCUCAGCCUCCCUACAGUGAGGGAGUUGAUGUUUGAGUUGGAGAAGCUGGCUGACAGUAGAGCAGUUGGUCCAGGAGGAUAUCCGCGGGCUAAAGCUAUUGGAAACUUCGGAUUCGUAUCCUGUACUCAUUGUGAGUUCUUAGGUUCAAUUGUUGGUACAGGAAUUGUCUGGGAAAAGGUUGGGGAUGUUUUACUCUUGCAGGGAGGUAAAGGGACACAAUUUUUAGUGGUUCCAGAACUUGCUGACUUUAUGAUAUCCUCACUUGGACAAGUGAGAAGCGUUUCAGUUUGCAUGUACGAGGACUCCCCUGCUUGAUCUUGAUUAUCAGCCACCAAAGUGAGAUAUACUGAACUAUUUAUUGGGUCCUCUUGCUUUAGCUUUGUUGUCGUCGUUGAGUCACUGAGUAACAAUGAUGGUAACUUCUUACCCUUUUCUCGGGACCAAGACCUUGUCGAUUUAAUCAGGUGCACUGAAACUUCAUUGUGCUUAAAGCUUCCAGACCUAACUAUGUAUAUGCUGUUUGUUGUCACCAUCUUUCCACACUGUUGCGAUUCUUUAAGAGAGUGCGCUAGCUCCCGGUUUCGUACAGGUCUUUAUCGGCAUACUGAAUCUAACUUCGAGUCGUUACAUCUUCAUGCCAGGUGGUACAUCGAAACCGAUUCAACCAUGUCCACAGCAGUCGGUUCCUUCUGACUAAUCAUUCAAAGAUGAUACACAAUCAUCGAAGAAUUGCAGCGACAUGUAUUUCAGCAACUAGAAGCAGGAUGUUGCUAUGCAAAUGCCUGUAGAUAAUCUUUUGCUUCAACAUUUGAUUUCCCUUAUCUGCGAUCGACAUAAAAAGACCGGUGAGAUAUCUUGCAUUAGCCCUCAAAUCAUUUGGUUAAACAGGGACAUUUAAACACAGGAAAUACUAACAAAAGGAGU